CGUCCUCCUUUGCGCGCUCCUGGCUCUCGCCUGAACUGAACUGCGGCGGAGCUUGUGGAACUCAAAAAAAGUUAGCCCAAUUUAGACGCACAAGAACCGGCUUUUAGGGGUUCCGCGAGGCUCUGUGGUUGAUUCUUUUAGGUUAGUUAUUGUUUUUAUUUUGCAGCUCAGCCAUGGAGGCUUUAAGAUGUCUCCUUGUGCUGCUGUGCGUCCUCCUGGCCAGAGCGCAAACGCAGAUCCAAAGAUCCAGGUCCGCGGAGUGUCCUGUUGACCUUUUCUUCGUGCUGGAUACAUCCGAGAGUGUGGCCCUCAGACAGAAACCACCCAACUUCUACAUUGACCAGAUCAAGGAAUUCACAAAGCGCUUCAUCGAUGAACUGAGAGACAUGCGCCACCAAUGUGACCGCUACCUGACAUGGAACUCCGGAGCUCUGCACUACAGCGAUGACGUAAUCCUGGUCCGAGAGCUGAGUGAAUUGAGCACUGAUCGCCAGGCCCUGAAGAACGACAUCGACACCAUCAAAUACAUCGGCAAAGGAACCUACACCGACUGCGCCAUCAAGAGGGGUCUUGCCGAGCUGCUCAUCGCGGGUUCCCACUACCAUGAGAACAAAUACAUUGUGGUGGUGACUGACGGACAUCCGAUUACUGGGUACAAGGAGCCGUGUGGAGGCGUGCAGGAGGCUGCAAACGAGGCCAGGCUGCACGGGGUGAAGGUGUUCGCCGUCGCCAUCUCGCCCGAUCAGGAGGAUACCAGACUGUCCAUCAUUGCUACCGACCAGAACUACAGACAGAACUUCACAGCUGCAGAUGACUCCAGAGCCACCAAGAUGGGAACCAUUCGAACCAUCAUAGAUAUGAUUACAAAUGAGACCAAGGACGUGUGCUGUUCCUUUGACUGCAACGCUCCAGGAGGCCCUAAAGGACCAGACGGAUCCCUCGGUGGCAAGGGCGAAACUGGCCGACCCGGAAUGCCGGGAGAGAAAGGAGAUAUUGGUGACAUUGGCAGUGUUGGAGAUCCUGGUCCCGUUGGGUACAGCGGAAUGAAGGGAGACCGAGGUGGUCGCGGCGAGAAGGGGGAAAGAGGACACAAAGGCUACAAGGGCGAUAAAGGUCUACGGGGAAACGAUGGAGUUGAUGGACGCAAGGGUGAAGCUGGUUUCCCUGGUCUUCCUGGCUGUAAAGGAUCUCCUGGAUCAGAUGGCCUUCAGGGUGAAUCUGGACCAAAGGGAGACCCUGGUCCUUAUGGACCAAAAGGAUCUAAAGGAGAUUCUGGAGCUGACGGAGAAGCAGGAAGGCCUGGAAACUACGGACCUUUGGGACUUCAGGGCGAGCGUGGCCCCCGUGGAGCUAACGGGGACAAAGGCGAGCGUGGUGAUGAUGGUUCACCUGGACCAGACGGACCUCGUGGCGAAAUAGGAUCAGUCGGAGAGAAGGGAGAGCAAGGUUCCCGUGGAAACCGAGGGCCGAGAGGAGAGCCAGGGGAGCCAGGACCCCGCGGAGAACAAGGGAGAGAGGGCUCAACUGGCCCCAACGGAGACCCUGGCGAGCCCGGCAGGGCCGGUUCCCCUGGAUACAGAGGAGAUGAAGGCCCACCUGGACCAGAGGGACCCAAAGGACCGAGAGGAAUCAAAGGGGCUGCCGGAGACAGGGGCCCGAUUGGAGGCCGGGGAGUAGAUGGUGUCGCAGGAAAUGGUACUGUGGGAUGUCCGGGCUUCCAGGGAUAUCCCGGACCCCGUGGAGACUCUGGCGAGCCUGGUGGCAAGGGAACCCCUGGACCUAAAGGAGACGACGGAGAGCCCGGCGACCCGGGUCCUGAUAACAAUCAACCAGGGCCUCCAGGAUCAAAAGGAGCCAAAGGUCACAGAGGACCCGAGGGAAGAUCGGGACCUCCUGGCCCUCCUGGACCUCCAGGAACCGAUGAAUGUGAAAUUCUGGAUAUCAUCAUGAAGCUCUGCUCUUGUUGUGAAUGUAAAUGUGCAACGCUGGACUUGGCCUUCAUCGUAGACAGCUCGGAGAGCAUCGGUUCUACCAACUUUGCUCUUGCCAAGGACUUUAUCAUCACCGUUGUAGACAGGUUGAUUAAAGACCAGCAGGUCAAGUUUGCAGGUAAUGAGUCCAGAGUGAGUGUUGUGCAGUACAGCGGCUCCAAAGCCCAAGAGGUCGUCCAACUGGGAAGCAACGUUGCUACACUCACGGAGUUUAAACAGGCUGUGAAAGAUCUGCGCUGGUUGGCCGAGGCCACUUACACCGGCGAGGCUCUUAACUUCGCUCUGGACAACACUAUCAAGCUCAUGAGGCAGGAGAACCGAGUCGUUCUCGUUCUCACCGACGGACGCUCCGACAUUCUCAGGGACAGAGUUCCUCUCAACGUUCUCUGUGGUAAAAACAUCCGGGUGGGAGGUUUGGGCGUGAAGGACUACUCGGGCCGUCAGCCCAACCAGGAGCAGCUCGGAGAUCUGGUGUGCCAAAGUGAUCCCAAGCCGGGAUUUUCCUUUGUCCUGGACAACUUUGCUGAGCUCCUGGAUGACACCUUCCUGCAGAACCUCACAGCCAAAAUCUGCCAAGAUAAGAAGUGCCCAGACUACAAGUGCCCAAUCUCCUUCACUCAGAAUAAUGACAUCCUGGUGAUGAUGGACAGCUCAGCUAGCGUGGGCCAGAAGAACUUUGACUUAAGUAAGACCUUCGUGCAACGCUUGGCUGAGCGCUUCCUCAACGCGGAGCGGCAGAGAGGCGCCAACGUGCGAGUGGCGCUGGGCCAGUACAGCCGCAGCCCCCGCAUGGAGCAAGCCCUGACGACCAACAUGACCCUGUUGUCGUAUUACAUCAACGAGAUGGCGUUCCAAAACGACGGCACCAACGUGCUGGAGGCCAUGGACUUUGCCAUCAAGAACCUCCCGAGCCGCGGGGACGCAGCAGGAAACAAGAGGAAGGUGGUGUUGUUCUCCGACGGCAGGUCUCAAGCCGUCACCAAAGCCGUUCUGGAAAAACGCGUCCGCGAGCUGGCGGACGCCGGAUUGGAGCUCUUUGUCAUCGCGGUGGGCAGCCAGGUCAACGAGGUCAACCUGCGUAUACUGGUGAGCAGGGGGCAACGCGACAACAUCAACUACGCCCAACGCCACCUGUUCCGUGUGGCAGACUACCCCUCGCUGCUCCGCGGGGUCUUCCACCAAACCGUCUCCAGGAGGGUUUCCAUGCCCUGAAGGACUGGAACAACUCUUUAGAUUUUUAGUCCCAUUAUGAAUAGUCACUCAUUUACCAUACACUGUUUUUUUAAGAAGUCUCACAACAAAGCAGAAAUCGAUUUUUUUUUUUUUACAGACCACCAAGACCCCGUGGGGGGGUCAGCUCAUUAGACCGUAACGGUGGAUGAUAACCUAAACCAUGUUUGGAUUGUAAACCAAGGAAAAUUGCUGCCUUUGAGAUCUUAAUCAGGAUAAAGUUCUCCCAAGUGGCAAAAGAUUGGCUAUGUUCCAUUUGUAACCCGACUAGUCUGCCCCGCACAUGCCCGAGGAUCGCACAGAUGAGAGUAGCCGAUGAGCGAAGAGUCCAAGCUGGGAUUGAACCGGUCUCCGCUGAUUAGAGUAGAGGAGCGCUAGCCAUCGAGAUAAAAGCCCAAGCAGACAACUCAUUCUCUGGCUUUUAUGUGACGAGCUAAACAGCUGAGCUGUCAACCUGUUGUCCAGCGCGGCUCUAGAAUCAUCUGUGGAACCUGGUUUGUCCACGGGUAUGUUUGUUGCUAAAAGCCCAAAAACGCAGCUCAUCAUCCGGCGUCUAGCCAAUGAGAUAAAAACCUGACUUGUGAACCGGCUUUAUUUUCAUCUGUGGACCCUGAUUAUGUCUACUGGCACGCUAGCAGCGCUAGCCAUUGAGCUAAAACCCCAACAAGGCAGUCAUCAUCCAGAUUUUAGCCAACGAGAUAAAAAUCUGAGUUGUCAACCUGUUGUCCAGCACGGCUCUAUUCUCAUCUGCGGACCCUGGUUAUGUUUAUGGGUAUGUUUGCAGCGCUAGCCAUUGAGCUAAAAGCCCAAAAACGCAGCUCAUCAUCCGGCUUCUAGCCAACAAGAUAAAAACCUCACUUGUGAACCUGUUGUCCAGCGCAGCUCUAUUCUCAUCUGUGGACCCUGGUUAUGUCCACGGGCAUGUUUGCAGCGCUAGCCAAUGAGCUAAAAACCCAAAAAGGCAGUCAUCAUCCGGAUUUUAGCCAACAAGAUAAAAACCUGAGUUGUCAACCUGUUGUCCAGCACGGCUCUAUUCUCAUCUGUGGACACUGGUUAUGUCUAUCGGCAUGCUAGCGGCGCUAGCCAUUGAGCUAAAAGCCCAAAAAGGCAGUCAUCAUCCGGAUUUUAGGCAACGAGAUAAAAACCUAACUUGUGAACCUGUUGUCCAGCGCGGCUCUAUUAUCAUCCGUGGACCCGGGUUAUGUCUCCGGGCUUGCUAGCAGCGCUAGCCAAUGAGCUAAAAGCCCAAAAAGGUGGUCAUAAUUUGGGUUUUAGCCAACGAGAUAAAAAUCUGAGUUGUCAACCUGUUGUCCAGCUGGCUCUAUUCUCAUCUGUGGACCCUGGUUAUGUCCACGGGCGUGCUAGCAGCGCUAGCCAAUGAGCUAAAAACCCCAAAAGGUGGUCAUAAUUCGGGUUUUAGCCAACGAGAUAAAAACCUGAGUUGUCAACCUGUUGUCCAACGUGGCUCGAUUUUCAUCUGUUGACCCUGGUUAUGUUUACGGGCAUGCUAGCAGUGCUAGCCAUUGAGCUAAAAGCCCGAAAAUCAUCCAGCUUUUAGCCAAUAGGUUAAAAACCUGAGUUAUCAGCUUGUUGUGUGUGCACCUUUUAGCUAAUAUGCUAAAACCCCGAGCCUCCAGUAUGCUGUGCGGGUAAUUCUUAAAGAGCUCGAUGGCUAGCGCUACUCUGCUCUCAUUUGUGGACACAAUCCCGGGGGGUCAGACUAGUUGGGGUCACAAUUUUAUAGACAGAAUUUGUAUUAAAAUGAUUAUGAAUUUGAUCACCCUUUAAAAAAACUCCCUUCAACUGUAGAUUAAGAGAUAUUCCUAAAAUGAAAAAUGACUUUAAAGUCUGUAUUAAAUUACCAAAGUGAGAAGUAUGUGACAUCAUGUGACCUCUUAAAUCCCAUCAGCACCUCACCUGUUACUAAUGAGAGCAGCUGGGCGCCACAUGUGCCAUCAUACCUACGUACGUACGUAUGUAUAUGUGUGUGUGUGUGCCAAGAUUUCCAUGAGUGCAGAGGUGCCUUCGAUACACUCCUGGAGUGAUUGUUAGGAUGACAGAGCGACACAAACCUGCUGUAUAAUUUCUGCGCGGCUUGAGAAGACUCUGUCAAACACACACACACAUAAACACUCCUUCGUAUUUCAUUAGUGAGUUAGGAAAACAUCUGUCAUCAUGGUUGAAGGCUGGAAAAGAACCGAGCAGGAUUCCUCUCAGAAAGCCACCCACUUCGUAAAAGCCAUCCAGGAAUAAUUACCAAAAAAAAAAAAAAUGGUGGCUGUGCAGUCGUCCUUACCUGUGGUGCUAUUAGUCCAAGUGUGGCAGCCUUUAGUCAUGUAAAGAAGGAAUGUUGAAAGUGAUUCUUCAA